AUGUCCAAGCCGAUCCCGCCGACCUGGCGUCGGGGCGCUUCCUCGUCGCCCUCGCUCACGCCCACCGAGUUCCCCAACGGCGUCGAGACGCCUCAUUCCGAAGACGACAUGGCCUAUCUUCGAUCCAUGUCGUACGUGCACACCUCUGGCCGCUUUUCCUCGUACAGCACUGUUGCGGGUCACGAUUCUCCGCGAGGCGGCUCCAACUCGCCUCACGGUACACUCGUCAACCCCUCCGCGGCACCCACCGACUAUGCGUCGAGCGACAACGAGAGCCACCAUCCCAAGACCAAGCUCGAUUCGCUCGCCAAGCGCAGUCCGCUGAAACAGAGCUCCUCCUGGGAGGCGCAGGAGCUCGGUUCCCGACCCGUCGAGGUCGACCCUGCCGCGAUGCAAAAGAUGAAGUACGGUCGAUUGCGAUACCUCGACGGACUUCGAAUGAUCGCUGCUCUGCUGGUGCUCACUUCGACCGUCAUCGGCAACACAUCGCCGCAAUGGGCGGUGGGAUCGAGCAUCCUCUACCCGUUCAACUCGAAAUUUGGUAUCACGCUCUUCCUCGCUCUGCAGGGACGAGCGUUGACGUUGCCCUGGUUGAUCUCCCGCGCCGACUGUCUGGCCAACUUCAAGGAGGCCGCUGCCAAAGCCAAGGCUGCCAAGCUCGCCAAGGCUACACCGCCGGUCAAGACGUUGGAUGAAAAAGUCGCCCCUCCCGUCGCACCCGUCGCGCCAGUCAUGGCAGACCGCAAUCGACCCGAUUUCAAGCUCUACGGUAUGGCCAUGAUCUCCCGUCCUUUCCGCUUUUUGCUGCCCAUCCUCUUCGUCACGGGUGUUCAGUACGGCAUCUGCCGCGCAACCGGGCUCUACCCAGACAAUGUGAAUUUCGAAACCCUCAUCGGAACCCGACCGGGAUGGUGCUACGCCAGCGGCGCGCAGUGGAUCGUCACCGCCACCAACCUCUUCACGUCAGAAGACCGCCCGACGGAAUUGCUCCAGGAGGCAGGUCCGAUUUUCGCUCUGCCGUGGUUCUUCCAGAACAGCUACUAUCUCUACGGCGUCACGAUGAUCGUGGGCAUUCUGCAGCGGGAUACGCGGGUGGCGUUUUUGGGCGUUAUGGCGCUGUUGAACUGGACGACGUUGAGCUAUCUUGCUCCGGCGAUGCUCGGUCUCAUGGUUGCGGAACUUGACGUUUCCGGUCAAUUUGCUCGGGUUCGUCGUUCUCCAAUCGCCAAGUGGGGAUUGCAGAUUCUCUGCACGGUGCUGUUCCUGGUCUUCCUGCUGGUGCCGCAGGUGCGCAACCCGGUCAACUCAGGGCUCGCCCACCUCCAGGUGCUCAGGCCAACCAACCGCGACGGCGCCAACAUCUACGACGUCAUCCGGUUCACCGACGUCCUUUGCUCCACACUGCUGCUGGUGCUGCUCGAGCUUAGCCCGAUGGCGCAGCGCGUGCUGUCCGUGGCACCGUUGAGCAUGAUGGGUCGUCAACUGGCUGCAGCGUUGGUGGCGAUCCAUGCCAUGGUGCUGUGGAGCAUCAUGCCCAAGGUGUUCCCCAUGACCGCUGCUUCUUCGGUCACGAGUGGGGCUGCCACCAACCUCGCGGGGAUUUGGGCGCUGACCUUGAUCAUCUCCCUCGCCCUCAGCACCGUGUUCAGGGUCGUAGUCGAGAUCCCAUCCGAGUUGCUCGGCAGAGCAACCCUCAUCUUCUUCUACGGCCAGGAGGAGAUUCAGCAACUCACCAUGAGCGAGAAACAUGUAGAGAAGGCGAGACGCAGUGGAUACUUGAUGCCCCUCCCCAGUCUUGGCAACCCCAUGGCCAAGUUGGGGCUGAACAAGGUUCCCUGGUAG